GCCAGAGUGAAGUGCCUUCUUAGCAUUUAAGCGAUUUGACAAAGUUUCCCUUUAAGGAGAAACUUUUCUUUUAAGAACAGUUAUUUUUAAAGUGUGUCUGCCUGCAUUGCUAUGCGCCAGUCUUUGUUCCUUGAAGCAUUGUUCAUCAUUGGGCUGCUGGCCACCUGGGAAGCGUACGCCCUUGACUGCCCGGGGGGCGUGAUACCGCCAGGUCUGACCUUGGGUGUUAAUGACGUCAGUGAUGGACAAGCCCUGUUCUGGUUGAACGUUGGCCGAGCCCGUUUUGGAUACAAGCCCAACCAUUACUACAAAUUGGGCAUCACGACUCUGGACACCGACUUUCCAUUCAGCGAGGCCGUCUUGACCCUCCAGGAGGAGGACCCUUCACGUGGGUGUGGAACUGGUCACUUUAAGUUCGAUACCCCUCACCUGUACCAAUUCAAAGACUGCCAAGAGGUUCUGCUCACGAACAAGAAAACACCUAUGACUGAACUACCUCCCGUUAUGUGGCGGGCGCCGGAAUGUGGCUGUGUUCUUGUAAAUGCUACAGUUAUAAGCAAUGGAACGACAUACUAUAUGGAUCAGACACCUUCUGGCUUCCUCUCAAAGCGACUUUGCCCAAGACAGAAUCUACAUGUGUUCAGAACCAAAUAUACACGGUCAGUUAAGACAGAGCAACCCACCACGACCACAACUACAGCCAGUACAACACAGACACCGCCACAGAAGAAAAAGUUAAGUCGUCCAGAGAGGAUGGAUUUAUUGUGUCAGAUCUCGCUCCAUUUCAACGGCGCUGAGUUGUUGGCCAGGGAGGUUUUUCUUAGGAGAAGGCAGAUUACAAGACUCAACCUAACCAGCCUAAUGCGUACUGAACUGGCUCUUGACCAGCGCAAACUGGAUAUCCAUGAAUGUUGCAAGAUCGUGAGCACGACCAAGAAGACGCGGUGCUUUGACGACAUGCGACGUCGUCGUAUCGACCGGUACUGUAGAACAGGACACCCAGACGUCCCCUUUACUGCCAGACGGGAUGUUUUCAUGGGGGAAAAAGAGGAGAGGUGUUGCUGGAGACUUGGCGAACCACGUUAUCAGUGCUUUGCCCACAAUUCGAUUUUCAAGACAGUGAAGGGAAAAAACUCCGUGGAUUAUUCUUUUGACGAGAUGGAUCCCGUCAACGACAUCGGGGACUAUCCUUCAGAAAUACGAGAAGUAGAAAUGCAACACAACACUGACUACUUUAUUGAUGAUGCUACACAAGAAGUUGUAAUUAGAGGGCGUGAAACUGUCACCUACACCAUGUCUACUGGACCGUCAUCGUCUACGACAAUGGCUUCAACAACAUCUGAGGCACGUGACAAGGGUACUUCAAAGACACACACCACCAGGAAGUCUGACCAGGCGGAGUCAUCCACAUACAGCAGCGUUUUGAGCGACGUUCCACGUCGGCAAGCUAUCGACGUUAAAACGCCGGUUGCUGCGAUAUCUGCCGUGGACGCGGAGCUAGAUGCCUUAAGAAAACGGAAGCGGAAGCUGGAUCUGAAGCUCACCUGUUGUAGACAUGGAAAAGAUGCUGGCGAAGUCUUCGAAGUUGAGACAGGACUUUAUAAUCACUGCCGUCAUCAGUGGAAGAUAUACCGGAGAAGCCUGAAGACUGGGAAGAACAUGUGUAUGAACAAAUUCAUGGAAUGUUGUGUCGACGAGGCUGGCAUAUCCUCAACACAAGCAGCCCCGACGCACAUUUCGUAUCGCGGCCAUCCGAUUGCGCAGGUUGCGCAAGCGACACCGACAAGAUUACUACUGAGCCUAGGAACAGAGGCGGGUAAAUCCACACCGCCAGGUCAAGAUCCUCCCUUGAGAGAGAAAUCGAAAGGACCCAACCAACCAACUGGAUCCACCCCUACCACCAACAGAAAAUCGACUUCCAGUCCAAAAGCAACAGCCAUCCGUCCAUCCAUCAAAUCAUAUUCAACACGUGCUCCGGAACUGACUGUUUCAAAGAAUCUCAAAAGAAGUCGUGGAUUGCCGAGAUCACGUAAACAGACACCUAUGUUACGGUCGCUAGAAAAACAGAAAAGUGGAUCCAGGCGUAACGUUAGAAAAUCGAACGCUGAUUUUAACUCAAAGUCAAGGAAAAGCAUGAAACAGAGGCGAAGACAUAGGAGAAAGCGACCACAUCGUUCUCACUUCAAGAAAUAAGAAUAUUUUCAUCCAUAGUUUUUCAUAUUCAAGAUCGUGUUUCCGAGAGACCAUGGACGGUCGAAUCCAUCCAAACAAACGGAGAUUCAUUAUUAUUCUUAUAGAAUAACUUAUUCGUGGAACACCAUAUAGAAUCAUGGAUCCGCCUCAUCGUGUUAUUUCAUACUUGAUGUACGUUGUGUUCUUGAAAUCUUUAAUUUAGUCAACACGGGCAGAGGGUAGCAUAGUGGGUAAAUUGUGAAGCGUCAUUUACUCUCUUGCCCCUCCAUCGAUUUAUGUCAUGAUAGUUCAAGAGAUUUCAAAAGACACACUUACUGAUAAGUUCUCAUCGUGAUCUCCAUGAACCCAUUAAGAAAUGAACGAUCUCCUCAUUGACAUUGUGAAGAAGGCCAUCUGGUUCCACACUGCUGUGUCAAUGCUUGGGCCUUCUAGUAUGCAUGACCCCUUGUGAAACUGAAGUGAAGUGAAUGUUUUUCAAUGCAUGAACGAGUCUUGUGUGUGUGUAUGUAUAUAUAUUUUUGAUAAAGUACAGUUUGUUAUUUAUUUUUUCAAUAAAAUUGAUUGAGCAUC